AUGAAGAACAUGAGAUUUGAAACAUCUCAACAAUUGCAAACAAUCCUGCCCCUUUUAAGUUGGAAAGCAAAUGAAAUUAAAACAAAAGAGCGUAACACGAAACAUCAUCCAGCUGAAAAAAGGCGUGAUGAAGGGAGAGCCCAUCAUGAUUAUUCAAAUUUAUUCAACCGAAUAAUUUCUCAAUCUUCAUCAGCCAAUCUUGUAAAUGUGCUUAUCAUUAUUGGCCUGAAAUUUAAACCCUACCCAAGACAGCUUAUAAUAGAGACAUCAUAA